AUGGAGCCGAGCGCGCGGGAGCCCCUCGUGAGGAAGACGAGGUCCUCGUAUCGGACCUUCACCGAGAGCGCUGGCAAGAGGCUCGACAAAGAGUACCUGCGGAGCCUCCACAACAAGCGGCUCUACCUGGCUGUGUUUGCCGCUGUCCUGGGGAACUUCAAUUUCGGCUUCGCCCUGGUUUACCCCUCGCCCGUCAUCCCUGCCCUGGAGGCUCACCCCAGCCCUGCGCUGAGGCUGAACCAGCACACGGCAUCCUGGUUCGGGUCGGUGUUCACACUGGGAGCGGCAGUGGGGGGGCUCAGUGCCAUGCUUCUCAACGACCGCCUGGGCCGCAAACUGAGCAUCAUGUUCUCGGCGCUGCCCUCCGCCGUGGGAUACGCGCUGAUGGCCGGUGCCCAGGGGAUCGGGAUGCUGCUGCUGGGCCGCGUGCUGACGGGCUAUGCCGGCGGCGUGACAUCCGCCUCCAUACCCGUCUACAUCUCGGAGAUCUCCCACGCCGGGGUCAGAGGCAUGCUGGGCGCUUGUCCUCAGCUCAUGGCAGUGCUGGGCUCCCUCGUCCUGUACGCGCUGGGGCUGGUCCUGGACUGGCGCUGGCUGGCUGUUGCAGGGGAGGUGCCUGUGCUCACGUAGAUCAUCCUGCUCUGCUUCAUGCCCAACUCGCCCCGGUUCCUGCUCUCCCAGGGGAAGGAAGAUGAGGCCCGGGGGUCACUGUGCUGGCUGCGGGGCAAGGACACGGACUACGCCAGGGAGUAUGAGCAGAUCAAGGACAGCGUGAGGAAGCAGAGCCAGCGGGUUUCCUGUGCCGAGAUCAAGGACCCCUUCAUUUACAAGCCCAUCCUGAUCGCGGUGGGGAUGAGGUUCCUGCAGCAGCUCUCUGGUGUCACCUGUGUCCUCGUGUACCUGCAGUCAAUUUUCAAGAAAACAUCCGUCAUCCUGAAACCAGAGUACGAUGCAGCUCUUGUUGGCUUGGUACGUCUGUUCUCGGUGGUGAUCGCUGCUGUGUCAAUGGAUAAAGCUGGGAGGAAGAUUCUUCUUUUUGUAUCGGCUGGUGUCAUGUUGGUCUCCAACCUGACCAUGGGGCUCUAUAUCCACUUCGUGCCAGCUUCUCAGAACGGCACCAUUGCCAACAAGACCCUGGUGAGCUCUGCCAACCUUCCAGCUGAGCCGACCAACUACAUCACCCUCAUCCCCCUCCUGGCAACCAUGUUCUUCAUAAUGGGUUAUGCCAUGGGCUGGGGCCCCAUCACUUGGUUGCUGAUGUCGGAGAUCCUCCCUCUGAAAGCCCGCGGGGUGGCCUCAGGCCUCUGUGUUGUCGUGAGCUGGCUGACAGCCUUCACCCUGACCCGGUUCUUCCUCUGGGUCGUGGAAGUCUUCGGCCUCGAGGUGCCCUUCCUAUUCUUCGCUGUCAUCUGUGCCGGGAACAUCUUAUUCACAGGCUGCUGCGUUCCAGAAACCAAAGGCAGAUCUCUGGAACAGAUCGAGGCCUUCUUCAGGACUGGCCGGAGGUCGUUCAUGAGGUAG